AGUGGCAGCCAGCCGGCCGCCGCAGCAGCACCACCACCCGCACACACAGCAGCGGGAAGCGGAAGAGCGCGGAGGUACGGCGGCCGGCGGCGGCAAGCGCGUCCGAGAGGUGCCGGAUACUGCUGCUGCUAUCAGUGCAGGGAGCGGCAAGCGGCAGCACCUCUCCUCACCCGCCCUGCCCCGCGCACCCAGUCACCACCCGCAUCCUCAGUCUGCCAGCCACCAGCAGCAGGAACGGCACCAGCGGCAGCAACCCCAGGGAGCCCCGCCGCCAGGUCCCAUGGGUCAUAGCCAGGCUCAGGAGGACGCCACUGCCUCACAAAAAUGUCAACGGCUGCAUCCGCCGGGGCCCGCAGCCCAUGAAGGGAGGCAGGGUGGCAGCGGGAGCGCUGGUGUUGCUGCUGCCGGCGGGUCGGGCAGGUGUGAACCCGCCAGCAGCAGUUGCCUGCCUCGGGGGGGCCAGCUGGCGGGGGUGGUGCCCACUGCCCGGUCCGCUGGGGAGCUGGGGCUGCGGCACCCGGGGCUGGUGGUGGUGCAGCUGAGGCCGGCGGAGGGGCAGGGGGAGGCAGGGAAAGGAGGGCAGGCAGGCGGGAGGGAGACGGGGACCGCACCCGCUCUGGAGAAGCCCUUCCUGCUGUGCCCAGCCAAGUGGACGGUUGCGCACGUGGCGCAGCUGCUAGCGCAGUGGCUGCCGCCGCUACUGCCCGGCCACAGCUCCGCCCGCGGAGGCGCCACCCGGCCGCCGCUGCCUGUCUCGCACAUCCACCUGCAGCUGGCCACAAACGGUACCAAUAAUGGUGGCAGCAGCAGCAGCGGCAGUGGUAGUGGUGGGGUGCCCCAGCGCUGCCAGCCGCUGCGAGGCGCUACCUCAUUGGGAGCGCUGGGGGCGGGAGGCGGCGCUGAGUCGUCCAGCAGGCGGCACCUGGAAGGCGGAGGAGGCGGCCAGCAGGGGGCGCAUGCGCAGCUGGUGCUCACCUACUGGAUUGCUCCCCCCGAGUAGCGGGGUGGCGCAGCUGCUGUCGUGCAGCGCUGCCGUCGGUGUGGAUGCUGGGAGGUGGUCAGCAGCACUGGUGAGCGCUGCGUGGGACUGCCAGCAGCAGCAGGAGCUGAGGUAACAGGUGCAGGGAGUGACAAUGCAUGGGGUGGAUGCAAGGCAUGACCUGCACCGGAGACUGUGUAGGAGGGAGAGAGGUUUGGUACGACUAGGUUGAGGUACGGCUGCAUGCCGCUGACGCGCGGGUAUCCUGGCUGGUGGCAUGGGGAGCAGAUUGAAAUCAG